AUGAGUAUAAUUCAGUCACAAUCACCAUCACCGUCACCGCCGAGUAAAACGACACACACACACACCCUAUGGAGAGCAUCUAUGUCUGCCGGACACAGAUCCUCGCUUUCUGUUCGAGACUCUCUACUCUCGUUCAACUUCUUUAACGAUACCGGUCAUAGAAAGUUGAGGAACUCUUCUACAGAGUCUCUCCUAGAAUCGCGAGAUUCAUCCGCCAACCUGGCGAAACUCAUGCAUCAAACCAGUUCCAGGUUACUCCGAAUGACGAGCGAUGAUCGGCCAUUCACAAGGGAUUUUAAGGAUUUGUUUUCCACCCUCAUGGUCAGUCUGCCGCUGAGCUCGCACCGGGUUCGUUUCAAGACCUACACAUUCUCAUUCACCUCAGAGGAGGCCAUCAACAAUCUCGGUUCCCUGAAGUUCUCGCAGUCAAACCGGAUGCCGGAUCCCAAGGACCCAUCUCGGAUUGUAACCACAACAACGACAACAACGUUCUCGAUGGCUAAGGAAAUGGCUCGCUCUGUGUGUCAGAGGUUCAUGGAUGCUCGUUUUAUCGAGCUUGCUGAUUCAAAACCAGUCCAGUACUUUCCGCCAAAGGGCUCCCUAUGGCAAUUGACCCCGAAAGGGAUUCACGUUCUAGAAAGGUUCUGCCAACGGAAUGGAAUUCAGCAGGAGCAUGUUGUUAUCGCAGGACAAAACCACCACAGAGACUCAGACUCAGUAUCGGAGUAUCAUGAUGGAAUCACAGGUGUAAAGCUAGCCGAAACGCGGAAGAUUUAUGACAAAGUGAUUAAGAAUUCGUUUACUGGGAAGUGCGCGGUGGAUUGGUUACUGGAUUGCUGUACCACAGUGGAGGCGCGUGAAACCAAUGAGAUUGCAAGGCUUUUCAUUCAGCAUGGUCUUAUCCAGUCCGUACUAGAGGACAAGGUCUACGUUCAUCAAAACCCGGAAGCAAGCCAAUUCCAGCCGACCAAGAACGCCAUUUAUGUAUUCACAGACAAAGGUAGAAGGGUUGCAGGGUGGAUUGAGUCUGACAGGUUGAGCCUGCAGAGCGGAGAGAGGAAUGCUGAUGGCUCCCAAAGAGCGAGGUCAAACGUGAGGGUGAGAGAUGACCAGUCCCCGAGAGAUCAGCGUGAAACAAACACAACUCGGUUGACUGCUAUCCUGAACGACGCUGCGCUACGAUUAUUGUACCGCGAAUUCCUUCGGGAAACUCUUUGCGAGGAGAACCUGGCCUUUUACCUGGAUGUUGAGGGUUUCAACCACAACUUCCAUUCUAUUGACCUGUCAAAGCCGGAUGCUGUACGUGAAACAUUAGCCGCUGCUUAUGGUCUUUAUAACGCUUUCUUGGCACCGGGCUCCCCCUGCGAGCUUAACAUCGACCAUACCCUCCGCCAGGACAUGGCAUCACGCAUGACAAGGGCAGUUGCAAAAGACGAUGAGGCGAUGUAUACCAGCUUGAAGGAUGUGCAGACCCUGUUCGACAGGGCACAACAGCAAGUGUUCAAGCUUAUGGCAGGAGACUCGGUACCCAAGUUUAUUCGCACUCAUAAAUAUAUCGAGGUUGCAGGCGACAUUCUCGAAGAUGAGCGAAAUGCCCUUUCAGGUGGGGCUCCCGAGAGGACUUUAAGUCGAUCAACCAGAUACCCAGCCACCAAUGGUGAUGUCCCAAGAUGA